AUGGCGCUCAAGUACAUACCAAAUAACCUCCCGCCACAGUCGCUACAUCAUGACCCUCUGCAGCUAAUGAAAUCGUCCCUGGAGCACAUUCUCAAGACGACUCCUCCCCUGCCCGCUUACCCUGAUCCGGCGCAACUCGGUGGCUUCAUUCGAGGCCCAACCAGCAUUGCCUUUCUCUUCUUUCGACUCGCCACACUCUGCCCUGAUGUCCAAGUUGCGGAUCACACCCUCUUGCGCUGGGCGGAGCAGUACCUCAACGCUGACCGUGGAGAACUUGCACUCACCACCAGAGUCGGGAUAAGCUGCGAGAAGCUGGCCCACGAGGCACUCAAAGCCUGUAUCAGCAAAGACACCAACCAUGUCAAUGCCUUCUUGUCCAACGUUCCGGCCAUCGUUGGGCCGUAUCCGGAUUCAGAACAGGAUCCAUUCGAGUCGGAAAUAUGGCAGGGAAGAGCUGGCACGCUCUACUUGUUGAGGCUGAUACGCCACCACGUCCCGGACAGCGCCGCUCUCCUCGAGGGUCCAAUUGCUCAAAUCUCCCAGAAGAUUCUGGCAGACAGUUUGGACCAAGAUGAAGGGGGGUGGACUUUCCACAAGCACAAGUACAUUGGCGCUGGUCACGGCGAUAUUGGCAUCGUUACGCAGCUGGCUCUCACUACUCCCGCUCUUGCGCCAAAGCUUGCCCCCAAGCUUCAGGCUUUGCUAAACCUCGAAAAAGAUGGAAACUGGCCUAUUGCCAAGGAGAUUGACGAAACCCGCCACCCAAGCCUCAUGCAGUGGUGUCAUGGAGCCCCUGGCUUCAUCUUCUCUCUUCGUGCUAUGCGGCCACACUUUCCUGAGCUUCAUGAUCAGAUUGAUGCCGCAAUAAGUAAAGGCCAAGACGCCAUCUGGGAGCUGGGAUUGCUCAGAAAGGAGCCGAGCCUCUGUCACGGUAUUCUUGGAAACGCUCUUAAUCUACCUCGUGGGCCGCGUAGAGAACACUUUCUCUCUUGUGCGACCGCGGAGGCAAUGGAAAAGGCUAAAAGUGCCGACCCUGAAUUGUUCUUGCGUGCUGAUUAUGGGUAUGAUAUGUCGCUGUUCUUCAACUAUCAUUCUGGUGCAGCCUGGACUUGGGCUGUUUGUGAGUGGGAGAAUCCUCCAAUGCCUGCGUACACGGAUGUUUGA